AUGAGUGAUCCCCAGAGCAAAGUAUCCAAAGAGUUGGAGCCAUGGUCUCAUCUUAACGGAAAGGUUGUACUCAUAACAGGCGCAUCAUCAGCUGCUCGGCGUCUGGACUUGCUGAUUUCGGUUUGUGAUCUCAUUAAUGCUCAGUAUUCUGAAACUCCUCGAGCUGUCGCGCUGGAGCUCGAUGUGACGGCCGAACCUCAAGCUGUUGAGGCAGCAAUACAAAAGGCUUGGUCAGCCUUUGGCCAGAUCGAUGUUUUAAUCAACAACGCUGGUCUCCGAGGUUACUAA